AAGAAACAGGAGAACGUUGGAGACGACAAUGGCGAGCAGAGGCAGAGGAGCGGCUCCCUUUCUAAUUCUUCUCGCCUUCUUGGCGGCUCAAUGCUUCCACCAGUCCACGGAAGCCAAGAAGGUCACCACCAACCUCCACUUCUUCUUUCAUGACAUCCUCAGCGGGCCCGACCCCAGCGCCGUCCUCGUCGCCCGCCGCUCCGGCCGCACCGGCCCGAACGGCGCCUUCGGAGACGUGUCCGUCGUCGACGACCCGCUUACGGAGGGCCCCGAGGCGGACUCGCCGGUAGUGGGCUACGCGCGGGGCAUCUACGUGUCGGCGUCUUGGCAGUCUCCGAUUCUCGUGAUGGGCCUGGACUACGGCUUCACGGCUGGGCCGUUCAACGGCAGCUCCUUCAGCGUGUUCUCGCAGAAUCCCAUACUGGACAGGGACCGUGAGGUAGCCGUGGUCGGCGGCCGGGGAAAGUUCCGGAUGGCGCAAGGGUUUGCUAACCUGCGGACUUACUCCGUCAACGCCACCACAGGCGACGCCGUCGUCGAGUACAGCGUCACUCUGUUUCACGAUGAGUGA